AUGUCUCCCAGAGCCGGCCGACAGCAGCCCACGGCAAGGCGCCUUUUCCCCUCCCCAUUGGGUACAUUUGGCCUUUCCACUGCGUACCGCCUACCCCACCCAUGCGCCAUCCACCAUCAUCCCCCCAACCCCUCACCUGCCCCAUACACCUCCUCCACAGCAGCUGCCACCACUACACACUUGCAUCUCCAGCGUCACCCAUCAUUAACCCACCCUCACCUCCCUCCCCUCACCUCCCUCCCCUCCCCUCACCUCCCUCCCCUCUCGUCCCUCUAUUCGUCCCUCCCCUCGCCUACACCUCCCCUCACCUCCCUCCCCUCACCUCCCUCCCCUCGCCUACCCCUCCCCUCACCUCCCUCCCCUCACCUCCCUCCCCUCACCUCCCUCCCCUCACCUCCCUCCCCUCGCCUACCCCUCCCCUCACCUCCCUCCCCUCGCCUACCCCUCCCCUCACCUCCCUCCCCUCACCUUCCUCCCCUCACGUCCCUCCCCUCACGUCCCUCCCCUCGCCUCCCUCCCCUCACCUCCCUUCCCUCGCCUACCCCUCCCCUCACCUCCCUCCCCUCACCUCCCUCCCCUCACCUCCCUCCCCUCGCCUACCCCUCCCCUCACCUCCCUUCCCUCACCUCCCUCCCCUCGCCUACCCCUCCCAUAACAACCCUCCCCCCACCUACCUCCCCUAACUUGCGUCCCCUCCCCUCACCUACCCCUCCCCUCAUCUCCCUCCCCUCACCUUCCUCCCCUCACCUCCCUCCCCUCACCUCCCUCCCCUCACCUCCCUCCCCGCACCUCCCUCCCCUCACCUCCCUCCCCUCACCUCCCUCCCCUCACCUCCCUUCCCUCACCUCCCUCCCCUCACCUCCCUCCCCUCACCUCCCUCCCCUCACCUCCCUCCCCUCACCUCCCUCCCCUCACCUCCCUCCCCUCGCCUCCCUCCCCUCGCCUCCCUCCCCUCACCUCCCUCCCCUCACCUCCCUCCCCUCACCUCCCUCCCCUCACCUACCCCUCCCCUCACCUCCCUCCCCUCACCUCCCUCCCGUCACCUCCCUCCCCUCACCUACCCCUCCCCUCACCUCCCUCCCCUCACCUCCCUCCCCUCGCCUCCCUCCCCUCGCCUCCCUCCCCUCACCUCCCUCCCCUCACCUCCCUCCCCUCACCUCCCUCCCCUCACCUACCCCUCCCCUCACCUCCCUCCCCUCACCUCCCUCCCGUCACCUCCCUCCCCUCACCUGCCCCUCCCCUCACCUCCCUUCCCUCACCUCCCUCCCCUCACCUACCCCUCCACUCACCUCCCUCCCCUCACCUCCCUCCCCUCACCUCCCUCCCCUCACCUCCCUCCCCUCACCUCCCUCCCCUCACAUCCCUUCCCUCACCUCCCUCCCCUCACCUACCCCUCCACUCACCUCCCUCCCCUCACCUACCCCUCCCCUCACCUCCCUCCCCUCACCUCCCUCCCCUCGCCUCCCUCCCCUCGCCUCCCUCCCCUCACCUCCCUCCCCUCACCUACCCCUCCCCUCACCUCCCUCCCCUCACCUCCCUCCCGUCACCUCCCUCCCCGCACCUCCCUCCCCUCACCUCCCUCCCCUCACCUCCCUCCCCUCACCUCCCUCCCCUCACCUCCCUCCCCUCACCUCCCUCCCCUCACCUCCCUCCCCUCACCUCCCUCCCCUCAUCUCCCUCCCCUCACCUACCCCAGGCAGGCACCUCCUCCACGGAGAGGGGGGUGGGGAGGGAGAGGGGGAUGGGGAUGGGGAGGGAGAGGGGGAUGGGGAGGGAGAGGGGGAUGGGGAGGGAGAGGGGGAUGGGGAGAGAGAGGGGGAUGCAGGGGAUACGCCGCCUCAUAGCUCCCUGUUCCCAUGCGUCGUUACCCCUGAGGUCCCCGUCUCCCCAUCCCCCCUCUCCUCCUCCCCCAUCAACCUCUCCCACAUCUCCCCCUCCCCCCACACUCGCGGUGCUUCCCACGCGCUCGCACUGCCGCCCUCAAUCGCACGCCUGUCUCGCCAGCACCACCAUGCGUUUCAAGCGGCUCGCUCGCUUCUAAUUCGGUGUCUGCCUCUCCUUCCCCCGCCUCACACCAAUUCUCUCUAA